AAGGGAUUUUACAGUACUGUAUACAGGAGGGUUGUUACCCUUCCCUUUCUAGUUAUGACAACAUGCAAAGGACAACAACUAUUCUCUUGCUUGUUUAAAACUUAAAGAAAGGGAUGGGGACUUUUGUUUGUUUACCUUGAACUUGAAGACAAAGGAAAUCAGAUCUUUAUUUUGUUUAACCCCAAACCCAUGGAUUUAGGGUACUAGAAGAGCAAGAUGUAAAACAGUGUAUCUUUAUGCAAAACUUAGAAGAAAUGUGAUCAUUUACAUGGCAACUUGUGAAAAGUACAGAUAUUUUUUUCCUGACAGGAUCAUGCCUUGGACACCACAUAUAUGCAGAGCAUCAAGUGAGUAUCUAAGAGAUCCACUGUGCUGUCAUAAAGGCUCUCUGCCUGGAUAUAGUGAUGUUCAUGUGGGGGAGGGGGGCAUGGUGUGCUCAUUUGUGAUCUGAGCAUCCAGCUGGAUUAAUCUUGUGAGGUAACUGGAGUUUAGGACUCGGGAACUCACUCUAGGACAUGAUGCCCAUCAAACCAAUCGGAUGGAUAUGUGGGCAGGUGAUCAAAAGAUUUUCUGGACAAGUUUACCUAAUCCAGAGAGCAGUUGUGGAAAUUAUAGAUGAGAUUAAGGAUGAAUUUCCAACCAUAAUUGGAAUGCAACAGUCAAACCAGGAAAUUGUUCCCGUUCUACAAGCAUCCAGAUCAGUUGUGGCAAGUGCAUUCUCUUCAUCUCCUGGAGUAAGAGUUAUUAAUAGGCUAAACAGAAUAUCAACAUCUUCAAAAUCUGUUGCCAAAGUCUUGCAGCCAAAAAUUGUACAAAAUUUUGCAGAAUUAAAUACUCUGUCUCACCGUCUUCUGAAAAAUGUAAACAUACCAAAGCAGCCUCUCUAUAAAAAUCAGGGUAGAACAUUUUCCCUGUUUGACGUAAUCUCCUAUCCAGCAAAGACUGCUCUCACCAGCAUAAUAUGUGCUUCCUAUGCAGCACUAAUUUACAUGGCAGUCUCUAUUAACACAGUACUAGGGAAAAUAAAAUACAUUGUUCAAGAAGAAAGGACCUCAAGAGAAAAAGCUAAGAAUGAGGAAGAAAAAGAUGUAUUCUCCAAAUAUGAAGAUUUAGCAAGUUACGCUGUACCCUCUCCAGAGAAGCACGUAUUUUCUGAAUUUCCUGUUGAAGAUUCAACUAAGAGCACCAUUCACAUCCUACAUUCUGCACUGGAUCAAGAUCAGUUCCACUACUAAGUACUGUAAGCUCAAACAGACUUAUGAGCUCUGUUAGUGCACUGAAUGUUUAAACAAAGACACUUAACAUAUACAGAAUUUACAUUCUCUAUUUGUUAAUAAAAUAAUUAGUACAAAUAGCUUAAUGUCUUCAGUGUUCCUUAGCUAGAUUUUUCUUUCAGUAGCCAUGUCCCUCAGAACAGUUGUGGCUGAGGGCCUUACUAUGAAUAUUUUUAGUGCCAUGUUCUAUAGCAUUUAAAUUUCUUAGUGACACACACUUUUGUCCCCUCCAGUUAUGAAUUCCACAAAGUAGCUUUGGAGAAAAGAAAAACAAGUUUAACUACAAAGGAUAUAAUCACUUUAAAAUCUAAAGGAUUGCAAAUUUAAGGGAUCAAAGCAGAUUACCCAGCAAAUAAAACAAAAAUGCAAUAUAAGCUUACGAUACCAAAAACCUGGUUACAAGUAGUAGUUUCUCACUCUAAAUAUUGUUUUGGGCAGAUUGCAGAGGUUCUUGAAGGCAAACUGCUCUUGCUUGCAGCUUGAAACUCCAGGCAUUUUUCACAGGCCAGACAUCUUCCCAGACUGGGUUCAAUCCUCCCCACACACAUUCUCUUUUUUAGAUGUUUUCUGCAGUCAUCCUGGGUGGGGAUUCAGUGAAGAAUGAACGCUUAUUAAGUCACUCCUCAGCCUUAAAUAGGUUUUAAAUAUGACAUGAAUCCUUUGUUUUCUGGUGUGGUUCCCACUGCCACCACCACCCUCACUGGAAAAAUACUGGUAUUCUAUCAUGGAGUCCAGUAUCAGGUGCCAAUCACAUGACUUUGCAGUAUCAAAGCUGCCAUGAGUCAGAGGUGGUUUGUAGCAGCCCAGUAAAUCAUAACCUUUUCAAUGAUCUCACAUGCCUUAUCUUGCAAGAAACAUAGUUAUGCUAUAAUCAUAACAAUAUUUCUCUGAAGAAUAUGGGGUGUAGUGUCACACCAGUCUUCACCAGGUUUAACUAUACCACUAAAACAAAGAUGGCCCAGUGCUCUGAUUAGAUCAGCACCUGGAUGAACAGUUGGUUGAAGCAGAAGCUGAGCAAGAUAAAGAAUAUGUUGGUGAGCAGAGAAAAGCACUAUAAAGAAUUUCCAGAAACAGUGCAAAUACCUUCCUUUGACUGAAGGUAUAUGUUCCUAAUUGGUGAAGUCAAUCUGUAGUUUAUGAAUGUUCCUGGAUUUCUCAAUAAUGCUAAGCUUUUGCAUAACACGAAACGUGAGUAAUGCUUUCUACUUGAUCCAGUUGACUAUGAGAUUCCGUACCAUUCUGGUAGACAGACAAUGACCUGCCCUCAGUUAUUCACACCUUCACCAAUAUACCUGGGCCUGAAGUCUUCAAUGCCUAGGAAACUCCAACUAGUACCGAACUUUGCAGCACAUCUCAAUAACACUGGCUACCAUAAGCACAUCAGCCCUGUGCUCCCCUCUCUACACUAACUUCACCUAGAAUAUUGAAUCAAGUUCAAGGUCUUGGUCCCUAUCUUGAAUGGCCUGACUCUAGAGUGUCUGAAAAAUCACCUAAAGCUCUGGGAUAAGCACUGUGCUGGAACUCUGACCUUCAGGCAUAAUGGGACUUUCUACCAUAUGAGUAAAGCUCAUCUGUCGAAGAGGCACAGCUUUCUCAGGGACUAGUUUGAGACUGUGGAAUGAACUGCUCCAGUGCCUCUAUCACAAACUGCCACUUUCUGAUCCAAGUACUAGGUACACACUUCUCUGAACUGCUUUGUCCAAGAUACCUUCUGAUAAGUGUUUACAUUUUUAAAAUAAUCCAAAAACAAAAUCCUACACUGCACACCCAAUUUUCCUCCAGAGGAAAGGAUGACAGAAUUCACAUGUGAUAGACGUUUGUCAUGUUGGUUAAUUGACUAUUGUAAUAGCACUCAGACACUACCAUGAUGGCGACACAAGUACUUAUUUAGAACAGAACUGAGGUAAUUGCACACAGAGAAGUAAACAUGCAGAAGGACAACACAACACACAAGUGUUUUGUACCUCAUUUUAUGAAACUCUGGUCCUAUGCGUUAAGAUGAUAAAACAACAGCUUUUUCUCCUGACCUGCAAAUAACAUU